CAGAUUGCUCUUCACCAGGUCAAGUUUCAACUCCUCAUCGGUUGGUACUGAUACCAGAUUCUUCUUUGCAGUCAAAUCUGAGAACUUCCCUAAAUGCAACUUGGGGUCUGAAGCGACACAGAAGUGCCCCUGAUCUUUCGUAGUCUUGCUCCUCUAAUGAAAUAUCUCCUGUUCUGAGCUUUGCUUGUGGAAAUAUUUUCUGGUUGAACCUCAGCUCUCUUCUCGUGUCAUACUUGCCAGCAUGGAGGUGAAGAGCUUUGUAGUUUGGGAUUAUGUUGUAUUUGCAGCCCUUUUCAUCAUUUCCUCUGGAAUUGGGGUGUUUUUUGCUAUUAAAGAGAGAAAAAAGUCAAGUUCUCGGGAGUUCCUGGUAGGUGGAAGACAAAUGAGCUUUGGCCCUGUAGCCUUGUCUCUGACCGCCAGCUUCAUGUCUGCUGUUACUGUCCUUGGAACGCCUUCUGAUGUCUACCGGUAUGGGGCCUCCUUCAUCCUGUUCUUCAUUGCAUAUGCGUUGGUUAUCAUCUUCACAUCAGAGCUCUUCCUGCCUGUGUUCUACAGGUCUGGCAUCACCAGCACUUAUGAGUACUUACAACUACGAUUCAACAAAGUGGUUCGCUAUGCAGCGACAGUCAUCUACAUCGUCCAGACGAUUCUCUACACUGGAGUGGUGGUAUAUGCUCCUGCCCUGGCACUCAAUCAAGUGACUGGAUUUGAUCUCUGGGGCUCUGUAUUUGCAACAGGAAUUGUUUGUACAUUCUACUGUACCUUGGGAGGAUUAAAAGCAGUGGUGUGGACAGAUGCAUUUCAGAUGGUUGUCAUGAUUGUGGGCUUCUUGACAGUUCUAAUCCAAGGAUCGUCUAGCGCUGGUGGAUUCCACAAUGUGUUAGAACAAGCAAAAAAUGGAUCCCGAUUAAAUAUAGUUGAUUUUGAUGUAGAUCCUCUCAGGCGGCAUACUUUUUGGACAAUUGUAGUGGGAGGAACAUUUACUUGGCUUGGAAUCUAUGGAGUUAAUCAAUCAACCAUCCAACGAUGUAUCUCUUGUAAAACAGAAAAACAUGCUAAGUUGGCCUUAUAUUUAAAUUUGUUGGGUCUCUGGAUCAUUUUGGUGUGUGCUGUUUUCUCUGGCUUAACCAUGUAUGCUUACUUCAAAGACUGUGACCCUUGGACUUUUGGCAUUAUCUCAGCACCAGAUCAGCUGAUGCCAUACUUUGUCAUGGAGAUAUUUUCAACCAUGCCAGGGGUUCCAGGACUUUUUGUUGCUUGUGCCUUCAGUGGAACACUAAGCACGGUGGCUGCAAGCAUCAACGCCUUAGCAACAGUGACAUUUGAGGAUUUUGUGAAGAGCUGCUUUCCGCAUAUUUCUGACAAGAAGAGCACCUGGAUCAGUAAAGGCUUAUGUAUUUUGUUUGGUGUGAUAUGUACCUCCAUGGCUGUGACUGCAUCCCUGAUGGGGAGUGUUGUGCAGGCUGCCCUCAGCAUCCUUGGUAUGUGUGGCGGACCAAUGCUGGGUUUGUUCUCUCUGGGCCUCAUGUUCCCUUUUGUGAACUGGAAGGGUGCCCUAGGCGGUCUUCUUACUGGAAUCACCUUGUCAUUUUGGGUGACCAUAGGGGCCUUUGUUUACCCUGCACCAGCCUCUAAGACCUGGCCCUUGCAUUUAUCAACAGAACAGUGUGAUCAUUCAAAUACGACAACAACAACACCUCCAGUAACAGUAACCAGACCUAUGCUAGCUGACACCUGGUACUCACUCUCGUACCUUUACUUCAGUGCAGUUGGCUGGCUGGCAUGCAUUCUUGCUGGAAUAAUAAUCAGCUUCAUCACAGGUCCCCAAAAAGGCAAGGAUAUACAACCACAGUUAAUUAGACCAGUUUGCAAUUUAUUUUGCUUCUGGUCUGAGAAAUACAAGAGGCUAUGUUGGUGUGGAGUUCAGCAUGACAGUGAGACACAACAUGAGAACGUUGAGAGUGGCAGUGACUGGAAACAAGGGGUUGAAUCUGCUUUACAGAAUGGACUCAGUGGAGACAGCGUGGCUCAUGUUCCAGGAUACGAUCCAAAGGACAAAAGUUACAACAAUAUGGCAUUUGAGAAAGUUACUCAUUUCUAGGAUGAUGCAUGUGAGCCUGCAAGUGCAGGCACACAACACUCCACAUUCUUCUGGGCUGUUGGUAGCAGACAUGUGUAACAAUCAGUUGUAGAAGAGAGAUUUAUGAGGGUUAUUUAUACUUAUUUAUGGCUUCAAAUCAUGUUCGUCAGUAUAUUGCUCGGAUGACCCCAAAUUUCACAUUAGAUAAAAUAAUUAGGUCUUAAGGGCAGUGGCAAUUUUCUUCUUCAGUAAGUAUAUAUUAGAACAUCAUAGUGAAGAAAUGUCUGUUUUCUUCUUGCCUGAUUAAACUUCACAUGGUGGUGGUGGCGGGGUUGGGGGGAGGAGAUGUUGUUUUAUAACGAUAAAAAUACCUUGAAGUUUAUAUGCAGAAUGGGGAAGGGAAAUCUUUUAUAUUAAUGUUUCCCUGUCACUGCUGAUGAAAGACAGCAGUCACAUCCACUUCCAACUUCAUGCCUCACACGUAUGCGGGCACAUUUCAUACUGUUACCCUACAACUGCAACUGGAGCAAGUAACUGCUAUGAGCACCACCACCCCACAACUAUUAUCUUUACAUCUCCUACCGGCUAUUUCUGCUUCUAAAGAUGCCAUGAUAAAGCUUAAAUAUUAAACUGUUGAGCACAGGAAAGAUUGGGUCUGGUUAGUAUGAGCAACCAUAAAUAAAAAGUGAUCCUAUUGUUUGUCCAUACAAUACUUUUUCCUUUCUAUCUCCUUACAGCUAAAAAGGAACUGGGUACAACAAAAAGGCUGGAGCCUCUUUUUAAGGCGAGGUAAAGUGGGAAAUCAAUGUCCCAUAGAAAAAAUGCGAGAAAAGCAUUGUGUAAAAAAACA